GAAGGGCGCAGGCCCGGGAGAGGCUGUGGCCGGCGGAGACUGACCUGGAGGGGCAGGGGCGGGGGCGGCGUGGAGGAGGCGGAGGCCGGCAGUCAGCUCUGCUCCAGCUCGAUUGCCAUGUCCCGCCAGGCGAAGGACGACUUCCUGCGGCACUACACAGUCUCCGACCCCCGGACCCACCCAAAGGGCUACACAGAGUACAAAGUGACGGCGCAGUUCAUCUCAAAGAGGGACCCGGAGGAUGUCAAAGAGGUGGUGGUCUGGAAGCGGUACAGCGACUUUCGAAAGCUGCAUGGAGACCUGGCCUAUACCCACCGCAACCUCUUCCGCCGCCUGGAGGAGUUCCCUGCCUUCCCCCGCGCCCAGGUGUUUGGAUGUGAUACGCAUGAGGGCAGAGACCUUGCUUCUCUCUCAUUCACCUUCUGAACCUAGCACAUAGUAGGUGCUCAACAAACAUCUGGUAAACGGAUGAAUAGGGAGAUUGGUCCCUCCUUGCAAGACCCUCACCCCAGGCGGAGCCAAGGAAGAUUCCUAGGAGAAUGGGGAGGGGGGCAGUGGGCUCCUCAGAACCAGGAAA